AUGGAGCAAAUUGCUAAGCCUUUCCGAGUUGCAUGGGUUGACAAUACUUCAUUGCUUAUCACUCAGCAGUGUCGUGUCCCACUCCAUUUGGGCAACUACAAGGAAGAUGUUUUGUGUGUCGUGAUCCCUAUGGAUGUAUCUCACAUUCUUUUAGGAUGCCCGUGGCUAUAUGACCCUGAUGUCACUAUCCAAGGCCGAGCGAACAACCAUAUCUUUAAACAUGAGGGCAAGACCAUCUUACUCCGUCCUGCGAAGCCUGAGCCAAAAGCAAAAGGUCUAGGCCCCAUGAAGGGAUCCACCUUUAAGCCUAUCAACCUUCACCUCCUUACGGAGAAGCAGUUCAUCGAAGAAAGUAGAGAGGUUGAUAUCAUCCUUGCUGUUGUUUCCAAAGUUAUUUCUCCUCCUGCACCAACACCUGACAACCUUCCAAAAGAAGUGACCCAACUCUUGGAUGAGUUUAAAGAUGUUACACCUGAGGAGUUACCUCCUGACUUGCCACCCAUGAGGAACAUCUAG